AACGCCAGCCUCUUGUCUGAACCGGAGAGCGAGCUCACAUCAUUCAGUGGCGCAUGCUUUACGGAGUUAUGUACCUCGCGCUGUCUUGCCCUCUGAACUGCCUGCCGUCAUGGAUUGCAAACCGCGCGCGAAACCACUACUACUUUGUAUUUUUCUGUUAAUCUUGUCGUUUAUUUGCCCAGCACUUCUGAUCAUCCACCCGUCCAAUGAAGUGAACCUGCUGGACUCCAAAGCCAGCCAGGGGGAGCUGGGAUGGAUCUCCUACCCAUCACACGGGUGGGAGGAGAUCAGCGGAGUUGACGAGCACUACACUCCCAUCAGGACCUUCCAGGUGUGUAACGUGAUGGAGUACAGUCAGAACAACUGGCUGAGGACCAACUGGAUCCCCCGCCAGUCGGCCAAGAAGAUCUACGUGGAGCUAAAGUUCACCCUGAGAGACUGUAACUCCAUCCCCCUGGUCCUGGGGACCUGCAAGGAGACCUUCAACCUGCUGUACCUGGAGACGGAUGAGGACCAGGGGAGCCGCUUCAGAGAACACCAGUUCUCCAAGAUCGACACCAUCGCUGCAGACGAGAGCUUCACUCAAAUGGACCUGGGGGACCGCAUUCUGAAGCUCAACACGGAGGUCCGGGAGGUGGGGCCUGUUACCAAGAAGGGCUUCUACCUGGCGUUCCAGGACGUGGGGGCGUGUGUGGCCCUGGUGUCAGUCAGGGUGUACUUUAAGAUGUGCCCGUUCAUCGUUAGGAACCUGGCCUCAUUCCCUGACACGGUGCCCAUGGACUCUCAUUCAUUGGUGGAGGUGAAGGGCUCGUGUGUCAAUCACUCAAAGGAGCAGGAGCCACCACGAAUGUACUGUAGCACAGAGGGAGAGUGGCUAGUGCCCAUAGGGAAGUGUCUGUGUAACGUCGGCUAUGAGGAGAGAGGGAGCUCCUGCCAAGCAUGCAGAGCAGGGUUCUAUAAGUCUCUGCUGGGUAAUGUCCAGUGUUCUAAGUGUCCACCCCACAGCUUCACCCAUCAUGAGGGAGCUCUACACUGUGGCUGCGAGAAAAACUACUUCCGCGCUGAUGGAGACCCGCCAUCUACGGCCUGCACACGUCCUCCCUCAGCUCCUCGUAAUGUGAUCUCAGUCAUCAACGAAACCUCAGUGAUUCUGGAUUGGUCCUGGCCAGAGGACACGGGAGGUCGUAAGGAUGUCACCUUCACCGUGCUGUGUAAGCUCUGCAGGCCUGGCCAGAGGGUGUGUGAGGCAUGUCGCAGCAAUGUGCGGUUCCUCCCCCGUGCUGCGGGCCUGCAGAACACUACCGUUACCGUGGGAGACCUGCUGGCUCACACCAACUACACUUUUGAGAUUGAGGCUCAGAAUGGAGUGUCCCAGUUAGCCCCAACCAUGAGGCAAUAUGCUGCGGUGACCAUCACUACCAACCAAGCAGCCCCUUCUCCAGUGACUGUGAUCAGGAAGGAUCGCACAUCUCGUAACAGCAUCUCUCUGUCCUGGCUGGAACCAGAGAGACCCAAUGGCAUCAUACUGGACUACGAGGUCAAAUAUUACGAGAAGCAGGAGCAGGAGACCAGCUACACCAUCCUGCGCUCUAAGGGUUGUAACGUGACGUUAAGCGGUCUGAAGGCAGACACCUCCUACCUGCUCCAGAUCAGGGCCAGGACUGCAGCAGGAUAUGGAGCCAGCAGCAGGAGCUUUGAGUUUGAGACCAGCCCUGACUCAUUCUCUAUCUCCAGUGAGAGUAGUCAGGUGGUGUUGAUAGCCAUCUCCUCCGCUGCGGCCAUCAUCCUGCUCACUGUCCUCCUCUACAUUGUGAUUGGCAGGUUCUGUGGCUACAGGAGGUCUAAACACCCUGAUGAGAAGAGACUGCACUUUGGCAAUGGACACUUGCGUCUGCCAGGUAUAAGGACCUACGUAGACCCUCACACCUAUGAAGACCCCAGUCAGGCCGUCCAUGAGUUUGCCAAGGAGCUGGAUGCUUCCUGUAUUGCCAUCGACAAGGUGGUGGGAGCAGGUGAGUUUGGGGAGGUGUGCAGCGGUCGUCUGCGUCUGCCCAGUAAGAAGGAGAACUGUGUGGCCAUCAAGACUCUGAAGGCAGGAUACACCGACAAACAGAGACGGGACUUCCUGUCUGAAGCAUCCAUCAUGGGACAGUUUGACCAUCCAAACAUCAUCAGGCUGGAGGGAGUGGUCACCAGGAGUAAACCUGUGAUGAUAGUAACUGAAUACAUGGAGAAUGGAUCCUUGGACAGCUUUCUGAGAAAACACGAUGCCCAGUUUACUGGUAUCCAGUUGGUGGGCAUGCUGCGUGGCAUUGCGUCGGGCAUGAAGUACCUGUCUGACAUGGGCUACGUCCACAGAGACCUGGCCGCCCGCAACAUUCUGGUCAACAGCAACCUGGUGUGUAAGGUGUCUGACUUCGGCCUGUCCAGAGUGCUGGAGGACGACCCAGAGGCUGCUUACACCACGCGGGGAGGUAAGAUCCCUAUCAGGUGGACAGCUCCAGAGGCCAUCUCCUACAGGAAGUUCACCUCGGCCAGCGACGCCUGGAGCUACGGCAUCGUGCUCUGGGAAGUGAUGUCAUACGGGGAGCGGCCUUACUGGGAGAUGUCCAAUCAGGACGUUAUCAAAGCAGUAGAUGAGGGCUACAGACUGCCUCCUCCUAUGGACUGUCCUGCUACUCUGUACCAGCUGAUGUUGGACUGCUGGCAGAAGGAGAGAAACAACAGACCCAAGUUCGAACAGAUCGUCAGCAUCCUGGAUAAACUCAUACGCAACCCUGGGAGCCUGAAGAUCACAGCCAACACCUCACCCAGGCCAGCCAACCUGCUCCUGGACAGGAGUAGUUCCGAGGUGGUUCAGUCAUUGGGAACAAUGGGGGAUUGGCUGGACAACGUGAGGACUCUGCCCUGUAAGGAGGCCUUCUCUGGGGUCAGCUACAGCUCCUGUGACACCCUGCCCAAGACCUCCGCAGAGGACCUAAAGAAGGUUGGUGUGACUAUCGUCGGCCCCCAGAAGAACAUUGUGAGCAGCAUCAAAGCACUAGAGAGCCACAGUAAGAACGCCCCUGUCCCAGUGUAACUCGACCGAGCCACUAGAGACUGGCUGUCUGGCUGACUGGCUGACUGGCUGCCCUCUGGGCCCCGUUCCAAUCUGAAUGAAACCCCUCUGGGCCCUGUUCCAAUCUGAAUAAAGCCCCUCUGGGCGACGUUCCAUUCUGAAUGAAGCCCCUCUGGGUUCCGUUCCAAUAUGAUUUAAAGCGUCUCCCCUUCAGACCUCUGUGAACGUUUCAAUGACGUUCCUUCCACAAGGGAGGCUUCCCUUUGCGAGGGGUAGUGAUGGGGAGAGGAGGGCCUCAUUGCAUUAGAACAGCCCUCUGAUCUCUCUAACAUACAGGAAGGAAGUCCCAAACUAAAGGAGGAAGUAGACACUCCACACAAAUGCUGAGAUGCCUUACUCAGAACAGGAGAGGAGAGGAGAGAACCUGGCCUUGGACCUUGGGGCAUGGCGAUAAAGGGCUGGUGCUGGGAUUGGAUAACGUGGGACAGCAGGGCCCUUUGUGUGACCUAUAGUGGUAAGGGGCUCGUUGAGAACUGAUCCAAUCGUGAUCCUGUGGACUUGACUGACAACUCUUUAACUCUGGAGAGGGGGACAUUAAAUGCCUUGAGUAGAAUAAUGCAGUCAGCAGCAGCAAUUCACUCACAUCAACCUGGAGCAGACAGAAGCAGACCUGGAGAUUCAUUCAUGAACUUUGAGACGCUGGACUCCCACCACUGAAGACCCCACUCACUCUCACAAAGAAGGACUGAUACCACUCUGUGUGUCUGUGUGUCUGUGAGUGUGUGCUCCUGUGUUACUCAAGAGAAAGUCAGCUUGAGAAAGAAGCCAAACCAUUGGAUGGGCACCCAGACUACAAUAAGCAAUGUUUCCCCUGGCUAUAGCCUACAGUCUGAAAACAGUUGAUGUCAAACAGAAAGCAAUAAUCACAACAAUCAGAUUAUCAGUUUGAUCAACCAGAACCAAUGAGACUCACACAGUUUGCUCUGAUGGGUCACAGGAUAUAUCAGACCACAUACAGAACUGUAAUUAACUGCCACAAGUCUGCUUAUUAUACAGUAGGUAAUGAUACAUCACUCCAAGCUUCCUUAUUCCUACCCCUAGUGUGAAAUCUCAGUAUGUGUUAUUCAUUCAAACUAAAGCAGGAUAGAGAGAGAGAGGUAGAAGUAGAGAGAGAUGUGGAGAGAGAGUGGAAUAGAGAAGGAAAUGCAUCUCUGGAGCAGACAAUGAUUCUCUCUGGAAACAACGAGUGUGUGAGUGUAAUACAUCUCUGGAGCAGACAAUGAUUCUCUCUGGAAACAACGAGUGUGUGAGUGUAAUACAUCUCUGGAGCAGACAAUGAUUCUCUCUGGAAACAACGAGUGUGUGAGUGUAAUACAUCUCUGGAGCAGACAAUGAUUCUCUCUGGAAACAACAAGUGUGUGAGUGUAAUACAUCUCUGGAGCAGACAAUGAUUCUCUCUGGAAACAACGAGUGUGUGAGUGUAAUACAUCUCUGGAGCAGACAAUGAUUCUCUCUGAUCUGAACAAUGUUGCGUGUGGAUGCGUGAUAGCACCCCCGUCUGUCCCCUGCCCGCCUGUUGCCCUUAGCUGCUGUUGUAUGUUCUAUUAGCAUGUACAUAUGUAAACAACCAUGUAACUAUAGCUACUAGCAGUACAGUCCCCUUCCAUAGCCAUCCCUUUGUACAAAUGUUUCUAUGUAUAAAAGAAUGAACAAAAAUAUCUGUGCAACAUUUUGAAAAGGCAAAAAUUAUUUGUAUUAUAUUUGAUGUUAUUUUGUCUUAUAUUUGUUUUUUACAUUAAAAAAAGCAAUUAUAAUAACCUAUUAUUUAUUUGUUAACAUAUACAGUGCAUAAGUGUAGUGUUUUGUUUGUAGCAGACAGUAGGUUAUAACAUGGUUCUGUGACAGCGUCGUCAAUGUUUUCUGUUUUCUUUAUAAUCAUGAACAUUUGGAAGAGCAAUACUGUUAACCACCCCCUCCCUACUCUUUUAGCUUUCUUUAGAUGAAUGUGUGUGCGUGUGUAUGUGUGUGCAUGCAAGCGUGUGUGUGUGUCUCUGUGCGUGCGUGUGUGUGUGUGUGCUUGUGCAAAUGUAAAAGGCCUUGUCUACUAAUGUUAAAUGAUUUGUAGUGGAAACAUUUAUAUUUUUAUAAUAAACAUUCUUAAAAUAUUUUUGAAAAAAUUAA